UGGAUGGCUGUACUCUAGUGUUAGUUGCGCCCGCGCAUCGCAAGCAAGCCCUAGUCGGGAGUUGCGAACAGACAAACCAUAGACAAAGUGCUGAGGGACUGGUGAUUUUUUUUUAUUUUGAGGAGGUUUUGAAAGUGAGUUUGCUGUUCCAAAAAGUUUGUACCACCAUGGGGCGGCUUGCAAUAGUUGUGGUUGCUACGCUCGCCUUAGCAGCGGCUGCGCCCCCUGGCAAACCCUCCCUUGGCUGGGGAGAACGCACCUUCGCAAUCGUCGAGGUCAACCAAGCAGCCACCGCCUACAAUCAGUUAGUCACCAAGAGGGACUCAGCAGAUGUCUCAGUAACGUGGAACGUGUGGUCCGGGGACCCAGCGGACAAAGCCAGAGUUCUCCUGAACGAUAAGGAGUUCUGGUCGGGCACUGGAGGAGCAGCCGGCUCCGCUAGCUUCAAAGUCAAGAAGGGAGGCCGAUACCAGAUGGUCGUCGAGUUAUGUAACGCCGAUGGGUGCAGCCAAAGCGACGCCACCGAGAUCAUAGUCGCCGACACCGACGGCAGCCAUUUGCCUCCUCUAGACUACAACAUGGGAGAGAAAAACAAGCCUUUCAAGCAGACUUCGGGGAAAGUCGUCGGAGCUUACUUCGUCGAGUGGGGUGUCUACCCCAGGAAGUUCCCAGUCGACCGUGUGCCAAUCCCUAAUCUCACUCACCUGUUGUACGGUUUCAUCCCAAUCUGUGGUGGUGAUGGCAUCAAUGACAGUUUGAAGGAAAUCGAAGGCAGUUUCCAAGCUCUGCAGCGUUCGUGCAGUGGACGCGAAGACUUCAAAGUCUCCAUUCACGAUCCAUGGGCUGCUCUCCAGAAGCCCCAGAAGGGUCUGUCAUCAUGGAACGAGCCCUACAAAGGCAACUUUGGUCAGCUUAUGAUGUUGAAGCAAGCUAAGCCUGACUUGAAAAUCUUACCCUCCAUCGGUGGGUGGACAUUGGCUGAUCCCUUCUUCUUCUUCACUGACGAGACCAAGAGGCGCCGUUUCGUCGCUUCAGUUAAGGACUUCUUGCAGACCUGGAAAUUCUUCGACGGCGUGGACAUCGACUGGGAAUUCCCUGGCGGUAAAGGUGCUAACCCCAACUUGGGCAGCCCUAAGGAUGGAGAAAUCUACGUGCUCCUGAUGAAGGAACUCCGCGAAAUGUUGAAUGAACUCUCAGCUGAAACUGGACGGAAAUACGAGCUGACUUCGGCUAUCAGUGCUGGAUGGGACAAGAUCCAGGUCGUCGACUACAGCGCGGCUCAGAAGUAUAUGGACCAUAUCUUUUUCAUGAGCUAUGACUUCAAAGGAGCUUGGUCUAAUGACACUUUGGGACACCAGGCGUCUCUGUACGCGCCGGACUGGAACGAGAAGGAGACCUACACGACUGACUUUGGCGUUCAGUUCCUAUUGGCCCAGGGUGUGAGUCCUAAGAAGAUCGUAGUGGGUGUUGCUAUGUACGGCCGUGGUUGGACGGGAGUUCAUGGGUACAAAGACAACAAUCCUUUCACUGGGAACGCUACAGGGCCUGUGAAGGGGACGUGGCAGGAUGGUGUGGUGGACUACAGAGAAAUUGCUACUGAGAUUGCUCAGGGGAAAUGGGAGUACCAUUAUGACAAGGUUGCGCAGGCGCCCUACGUGUUCAGGCCAGCUACUGGAGACUUGAUAACGUAUGAUGAUGCGAGGUCAACUAUUGAGAAGGGCAAAUAUGUUAGGGCAAAUAAGCUGGGUGGUCUAUUUGCGUGGGAGAUAGAUGCCGAUAAUGGGGACAUUUUGAACGCUAUGAACAUGGGUCUAGGUAACAGCGCGUGAUUGGCUAUUGUGAUAUGAUUGUAAAAAGGUCUCAAAAUAUAAAAAAUGUGAAUGUAUUAUAUGGUGAUAAUAAUGUGUUUCACUGAACUGCGUCU